AUGAUCAUCGAUAAGUGUAUUGAGGUACUUGAUUGUGAGUACCAGGUAGUUAUCAAUAGGCCUAGCCAGGAGAAGUCGCCAAUUACGGUUUAUAUCAAUCAGAUUUCAAAUGCUUUGGUCAAUUGUUACAUCUACACCAUUCUGAAUCCAUUGACCCACCAGGUUUAUUCGACGGUUCUACAGAACACCGACAACCACCAAUUGUUUGACAUCACCAAGAACCUCGGCCACAUGUUAACGAAGAAGUACCAGUGUCCGAGCUACGUUAACAUCAACGGCGACUUGACCUUGGAGUAUUACACUAUGUUGCUCAAAGCAGUUAUUGAUAUUAUAGAGUCUUAA